AUGGCCAUACUUGCUCCAUAUAACAAGGCGGGACCUUUCUACAACGACGAUGGAAUAUGCAAUUGGCGAGUAAAGGGCAAGCAUCAGAUCAUCGAAAUCGGUGAUUCUCCAUUGUCGGCUUUUCAAAAAGCAGGCAUCCGCACUGACCUACAUAUACCCAUCGAGCCAGUUGUAAUCAACUUCCGCGAGGGUCCAGAACACGCCGUACUCAUCCACCACCCGAAAGCAGUACACAAAGCACUACAGGCGGAAUUUGACUUUGCAAGCGGGGACACCACACCAGCACGCCCGUUCCUCAACCAACCCCGGACUACAAGACUCGGGUCAACACAAGCGAAUUUUGAGUUAAACGACGUCAUUCCACCAGAAUGCACGGUGCUCAUCCAGCACCCUGACACAGUACGCAAAGCGCUACGAGCGCAGCUUGACAAUCCAAGCAACGACAUCCCAUCAGCAUUUCCGUUGCUCGUGCGCCGAGCAGCAGUCAAGCGCAAGAUUGUCACGCCGCCGAUCAUCUGUCUGAAAAACUGGCCUAACGGCGAUGAAGCAGAAUACGUAGGAAACCCUCAUGAAUGGGCGUCAGCAUUGAAAGCUGACUUGCAGGGUGUUUGUUAA